GGUUGAUUGAUAAGGGUUUUAAUGUUGUUAUUCUAAUACAUUCCUCUUGUGAAGGCUGAUUCAAUAAAUCAUGUGCUGAGUAUACAAAAUGAUAAGCUAAUCAACUCUGUCAUGUGUUGAGUUUUGACCUCAAUAGCUGUUUAGCGGAAAAUUGUUUAUACAGUAACUGAAAACUAAUUUUCUGCUCUCUUUUCAUAACUUUUCAUCAGGUUGUACAAACAAAGUUUCAAUCUGGUCAUCAAUCUAGACGAUGCAAUAUUGGUUUAAAUGUGGAUCGGUUUAAUUUGAUCAACACUACAUUCCAGAUAUCAAUAUAAUUUCUACCACUCAGUAACCAGUCAACCCAUACCUUUCAUUUUCACACAAUGUCAGUUUCAACUUGAACAUCUCAGCAGUACCGUUUCCUAAUGAUGAGAAACGAAGCAAAUACAAUGCAACAAUUCUUCCAUGUUUCUCCUAUCUGCUCGAAUUUUCAUACAGUUUCUAAGCAUCAAACUUCUCAUCAUUUCAACCAAUCAACUAUGCAAUGUGAAACAUAUCUCAAUUCUUAUUGGUGCAUUUUUCUAUGUGUCCAUCACAUACAAGCUUAGAAAAUGCAAAUGUAUAUAAGCAAACGAUAUUUCGGACAAAUUAUUCAUUAACUUGUCAUACUGCGAAUAAUCGGUCAUGCCUGGUUGUGGUGGUGCAAACUGUAAAUGCUGUUCUGGAUGUACAUCAGGUAGCGGAUGCAAUUGUCCAUCUGGUCAAUGUCAACGUUCUGGGUGUACAUGUGGAUGUUCGUGUCCUUCCAAAUGCAAAUAAAAUGACAUUCGGUCAUUUCAAACUACAUUCAGAUUCAUCGAUUAUUCAUUGCAUAACAUGUUGAUAAAUUUCAAUAAAUGAUUAGUGUAAUCAUAUUUUGCGUUUUUCAAUCAUGUUGCAUAUUGAGGAAUUCGAUGUUUAGACAAAGAGAUGUGGUGAUAAUUAUUAGUUUCCUGUUUGUAGAGAACUGUGCAUUCUGUAUUGUGAUUAGGCUUCUCAUAGACAACCGAAUGUUAUGAGAUGAGUGUCCAGUAGUUGUGAAUAAUUUGAUUCUGGUAUAUCGUGAAAUAUUUGCUGUGAUAUGACUUCACAGUAAGACUGUUGCUAAGCUCUAC